AUAAUAUUAAGAACAACAUUUAUUAAAAAUUAUAUUUAUUAAAAAACUUUUUUUACAUACAAUUAAGUAGAAGAAUUUUAUUUUUAUUUUUAGGAAAUACUUUCAUACUAAAUAAUUUAUCUUAUUAAGAUGUGUUCUAUUGGGUUAAUGACAUCAGAUGCUUGCGAAGGCCAACAAGAUGUUAUUGAAACUUUAAGCAAUGAAGAAAAAAUAAUUAUAUCUUUACGCUGUAAUAUUGAAUUAUCAAACUUAGAAAUAUUAUGUGAAAGACAUAAUACAAAAUAUUUGAAAAUGUAUCCUAUAUGGCAGAAAGCUUGUUGUGAUCCAUUCAAUAGACAUACAAAGAAAAUCACAAAAAAUCUUGGCGUAGUUACAAUAAAAGAGUCACAAGUCAUGAUGAGAAAUUGUUUGAAUAUUCCUCCUGGGAAAAAACUUUGCAAACCUUGUAAACAAAAGAUUGCCAGAAAAAAAAAACUUACAGAAGAGGAGCAAAGUAAGAGUGAACAAGAUGAGGAUUUUCUAAUAUCACCAUGCAAAAAAAUAAGACAGGAGAUCAAUAAAGAACUCAAAAAUUUUAGUUUAUCUCCUCUAAAAUCUCAUUCAAAAUCAUUAAAACAUAUACUGUCAGAUGGAAAGCAAAAAGUUGCAUGUAUCAACGAAAUGGCAUAUAACGCUACUAGAAAAAUUGAAACUCAAUUUUCCUCAAAACUAUGUUAUGAAACCAAUGGGUUGAAAAAGAAGGCUGCAAACUUUGAUGAAAUUAUGAGCUUGGUAAAAGAAAAAAUUCUAUGUUCUGACAAACGAACUAUUGUUCAACUUCUAACACUGGCACCCCCAAGUUGGUCAAUAUUAGAAGUACAAAAUAACUUUUCGGUUACAGAAUACCAAGCCAAGAUGGCUAGAAAAAUUUUUAAUAAAAAAGGAUUGUUAGGUAUCUCUGUAAAGUCUUACAUAAAGAAAUAG